CUUCGCUCGAUUAGGUGCGUAUUUCCAGACCAGCCAUGGCGGAGGCGACGCUCCUGGACCUCAAGGCGAUCCACGGCGAGGACGUGCUGAGCGCGGACCUCACCUUCACGUCCGGGCGCGACGCCAAGUACUUUAUGCAGGACUACACGUACAACAUGAACAAGAGCAUGCGGCUCCGCGCGGGCAAGAAGAGCGGCAACUCCAAGACCUUUGUGUGCACGUGCGCGAGCUGCGACUGGCGCGUCAUUGCGACCAAGUGCAAGCGCAAGAACGAGGACGAGUACUUUUACUUUUCGACCAUCCACGACGUCCACAGCGAGAGCUGCACGUCGACGCGCAAGGCCAGCGAGCGCCAGCUCUCGCUGCUCACGUACAACCCGCGCGAGCACUCGAUCUUGCUGCCGACCGCGACGAAGAAGCCGCGCCGGGAGAACAUCGUCGAGCUCGUCGUCAAGACGCUCCUGGAUGAGAAUACUCUCGACCACCGCAAGCUCUCGGUCAAGGCGAUCCAGACGCUCUUCCAGCAAAAGCAUGGCGUGCCCGUCAGCGCCCACAACGCAACGCGCGCCAAAGAAGUGCUCAAGACAGCGAACGCGUACGCCAAGGACGACGGCAGCGCGAUCCUCGACGCACCACCGAUGCUGCAGAUGAUGCCCCAGCUCCAGUACCCUGAUAUCCAGCUGCUCGUGGGCAAAAACAAACAGGUUGCGCAGCUGCUCAUGGAAGCCGUGCAGCACGGCGACAUCUCGGCGCUGCGCACGCUUCUGCACAACACCAAGGUCGACCUCGAAGCGAUUGACGCGUUUGGCUGCACGGCACUCAUUGUCGCAACGGCCACCAAGCACCUCAACGUGGUCAACUGCCUCCUCGAUUUUGGCGCCAACACGGAAGCCAUGAACUGGCAAGGUCUGACGUCGCUCUGGAUUGCCGUCCAGAUGGAUCAACUCCACAUCGCCAAGUGUCUUCUCGACCACAAGGCCAACAUUGAAGCCACCGACGAGCACUCGCGCACGCCACUGCUGUUUGCGUCGCAACAAGGCAAUUUGAAAAUGGUCAAAUUCCUCGUCAAGCGUCGCGCCAACCUCGAAGCCAGCGACGACGACGACAACACCGCGCUCUUGCUCGCGAUCCAGUCCCAGAAGCGCGAUGUGAUUGAUUUUCUGAUCAAAAAAGGCGCCAGCACCAAUGUCCGCAACAUUGAUGGGAUGACGGCGAUCGGCCUCGCGAACGCGGGCUCGUCCCUUGAAAUCGUGCACAUGGUGGCCCACCCGUCGCAGACCGUCGCUGAAGUUUAGUACAAAGUGUCGUGUGACCCACGUAUAAUUUUGAUUUUGGCGAUUGCGACGAUC